UCUUUAGAUCAUUGAGAACCACUGACUGUCUCGGAAGAAAUGCAGGUUUAUUUGUACUGCUCAGUCGCUCAGUAAUAAUAUUGUUAGAGUCGAAACGAAGUACAAUAACAUUCCAAUUAUUUACGUAGAAUGUAUUUAUAACUAAUAAUAUAAUAUAAUUAAUAUUUCUAUUAAGUUUCACUGAUAUUAAUACAAAAUAUCAAACAUAACCUGCAUCAACAAUUUUACCUUGGCGAGUAAAUAAAGCGGAUAUUUAAAUAUUUGUUGUACUGACACUGUUCGAAACAAAAAUGUUAUCGGGGAGGGCUCCUGUGACAGAAAAUCCUUUGGGACUUUCUUGGCAUGAUAGUGCGUGGAUUCCUGUGUUAAACCCAAACAACAUAAUGGAUUACUUUUCUGAAAGAAGUAAUCCAUUUUAUGACAGAACAUGCAAUAAUGAAACCGUUAAAAUGCAACGUGCCAGUCCUGAGCAAUUACAAAAUAUGACAGGACUAGAAUACAUUCUUUUACAUGUUCAAGAACCCAUUUUGUACGUUAUUAGAAAACAACAUCGACAUUCUCCCACUGUAGCAGCACCACUUGCCGACUACUAUAUUAUAGCAGGUGUUGUGUAUCAAGCACCUGAUUUAGCAUCUGUUGUCAGCUCCAGAUUGUUAUCCACAGUGCAUCAUCUGCAAUCUGCUUUUGAAGAAGCUAGCUCAUGUUCUCGAUAUCAUCCUAGUAAAGGAUACUAUUGGGAUUUCAAAAAUGGCAAAGCACUGGCAGCAAAAAAAGAAACUCCCGUUCGUGAGGAACCUAGUUCACUGUUCCAACGCCAAAGAGUGGACAUGCUACUAGCUGAGCUCAUUCGGAAAUUCCCAUUACCUGCACCAAAGCCUGUACAUCAACCUAUAGAAUCUUCCAUAGAGAUCAAGCAAGAAGUGAAAGUCGAGAAGAAAGAUAUGAAACCCCCACCAGAAAAGAAGCCAAAGGUUAACUAGCAAAAUCUUAUGAGAAAAUAUAGGAUAGUGUAUAUUAAGAGCUUAGGUUUAAGUGUGUAUUUAGUAUAGUCCCAAUUUUUUACAAUGCUAUAAGCAUUUAACAAUUUCAAUUAAGUAUACUUUCUACUGGAUUAUAUAAAAAUUGAUGUAUAUACUGAUGAAUAAUUAUUAAGACCGAUGUCAAAUUAAAAGCCAGCUAAGUAUUUUUCACUUCA